AUGCCGGCCUACACCGCGGCGCAAAAAGACGCCAUCGACCAGUUUGUCGAUUUGACGAAUUCCCAGCGGACCAUAGCUUCGAAGUAUCUGAAGCAAGUAGGAUGGAACGUCGAAAGAGCAGUUGACAGUUUCUUCGGCAGUGAUUCUUCUCGUGGCGCAGCUAAAGCCUCUCUCAGCACGAUCUUUGAUAAAUACAGAGAUAACCCACAAGAGAACCCAGAUGGCAUUGGCAUCGACGGUGCCAUGAAAUUCCUCAGCACCAUCGAAGUCCAACUCGACGAAGUAGCCUGUCUCGCCGUCUUGGAGAUGUGUCAAUCCCCUUCAAUGGGCGAAUUCACGCGCGACGGGUUCAUCGACGGUUGGAAGGAUGCCCAUUGCGACAAUGAAGACCGAAUGAAGGAAUAUAUCAAAUACCUCCGCAAGCAAAUUCCCAACGACCCUAAUCUGUUCCGCCGCGUAUACCGCUUUACAUUCCCUCUUUCCAGAAUGCAAGGCCAGCGCAACCUUCAAUAUGAGAUUGCCGCCGAUCAGUGGAAGCUCUUCUUUACAUCCGAACAUGGCGGUAUGCUGUGGAACACGGCCCGUACGCCAUGGUUGGACUGGUGGCUCGAGUUCCUGGAGGAGCGUGGCAAGAAGCCAGUGAACAAGGAUCUGUGGGAGCAGGUUGAGGUGUUCAUGCGCAAGUCUCUCGACGAUGAGGAUUUUGGUUGGUGGAGUCCAGAUGGGGCUUGGCCUGGGGCGUUGGAUGACUUUGUGGACUACGUUAAGGAGAGAAGGGGGAAGGGGUCCGAGAUGGAUGUUGAGUAG